ACAACCGUUGCCGGGCGCCCAGGGCCCUGAGGCAGGACGGACGGCUACCGGCUCCCUCUCCCUUUGGCCCUGAGGUACCCGGCCUGGCGGCCCCAGGACGUUCCCGUCGCAUGGCGGAGUGCUGCGGGCGAUGCCUAUGAAGUCCCUAGUUCUUCUAGUGACUCUGUUGCUAUGGCCUUUGUUCGUGCCGGCGUUUCCAAGCAUAACUGUGACGCCUGAUGAAGAACAAAACUUGAAUCAUUAUGUACAAGUUUUACAGAACCUAAUACUAAGUGUCCCCACCACGGAGCCAGGUCAGGAGAAAAGAACGAAAUCUCCAAAUAAUGUUUAUUCUGUAGUACCAAAGGUAUCAAAAUUUAAGGAGGUAAUUACACAUGGAGAUACUUCUGCUGAGAAUGGUGUUUUAAUCAGUCCUAUCAGUGAAGAACCUACAGUGUCUCCUACAACAGGCUUCACACAAAUAAGGAGGGAACAACUUACUACAAGUAGACCCUUCUGGUCAAUUAAACCAAACAAUGUUUCUGUUGUUUUGCAUUCAAACGAACCUUAUAUUAUAAGAGAGCCAGAGCCAGAGCCAGCUGAAAAACCCACUGAGGCACCAGAGUCAACUGUCACCACUCUAAGCAGGACCUUUAUGGAGGAUAGCGCCACAGAGGGAGAAGAUGUUCCUCAGCUCUCAGGUGAAGAUUAUAUGCAACCAACAUAUGAAGCACAGAGUUUGGAACAUGAAGAAAUUUUGAAAAAAAUUUCAGAUAUUGAUAACCAGAUACACCAUAUACCUCUUCCUGAGAGCCUCAAGCCAGAAUACAGAGAGGACAUUAGAGCCGCGAGAGAACAUCUAAAACGAAGCCUUGCUCUGGCAGCUGCAGCAGAACAUAAAUUACAAAAAAUGUAUAAAUCCCAUAUAUUACCACUAGGAAGAACCAGUGGUGAAAUUGAUGACAUUGAAACGGUUAUCAACACACUGUAUUACUCAAGAUAUAAAUUAGCUAAAUAUUUAGAUGUUAGGCAUAUUCCACCAGAAUUGAGAGAAAAAGCUAUUGUAGUAGCUCAUAUGCUGAAAAACAUAUUAUGUGGAAAACAAGUAGAAACUCAAAACUUUAUUAGGAAGUUAUUAAACAAUAAUAUAAAAAUUUUAAACAUACUGGAUGCUCCAUGGCAAAGCUGAUUUAAACAAACUAUGCACUCAUUCACAGGAGAGCUAAGUAUAAUGUGAUGCAAAAGUUGUACAAAAAUAUUUUCUAUUGUAGUUUCAGGUGCUAACAUCUUAACCUGUCAUGAAAAAUUUUCAUAUGCAUUGAAAGCCUAAUAAUUUAAAAUAAAAUUUUGAUUCAGGAGUUUGUAGUUUUUCUUACUAAUUUUAAGUUAUGAAGAUCUAAUCUUUAAAAUUUUAAGCUCUGAUUUUCCCUAGGUAGAUUUUAUAAGAGUUAAGAAACUGUGCAUUCUUUAUUUCUGUAUAUGUAGCUGGUUUUAAAUAAUUGCAUAUAAAUGUAAAAUUCUCAUAUAUGGUCUGUAUCAGAAAGUCUGAGUUUUUGGCCUAAAUAGAAUAUUUGGAGUUUAAAUCAGAAUUAUUUUAAUUUGGAUAUAUGUGUCUCUCCUUUGCAAGGUGGAUGAUUUAUGAAGAUAUCUCUCUGUUCCUUUGUUGUUAAGUACUUCUGAAGUAUGAAUAAGGAACUGUGCUCUGGAUUUGUAAUGAAGUCACUUUAUUUCCUCUUUUUGUUUAUAUUUUUGUAUAUAUACACAUUGAAACUUUGCAAAUAUUUUACUGGGAAUAUGACUAAACAUUAAGGUUAAUUGUGUAAUAUUGCAUUAUGAUGCAGAUGACUGUUUUAUGAUUUGACUGGCAUUAUAUUUAAAUUUAUUCAUUAAGCAGCCAUUUAUAGUUUAAUAAAGAUUUAUUGGCCUACUGUAUGCAGAACAAAAUGUUAGACUUUGAGGAUACAAUAAUAAUACCUAUAUCCUUCACUCUUUGAGAUUAUAUUACAGUAUGAAAGAUAGACAUUCAAUAACUUUAAUAAUUUCAUAAUUUCAUUUGUGACGAGUUGUUAUGAGGAUGUAAAGUAUUUGACCUCACUUAUCCAAGAAUAAUGGGAAAGCUACCUUAAGAGAGGAACAUUUAAGGUGAAAUCUGAAGGAUACUGGUGUGUGUACAGAGAAGGAACAUCCCUGGCAGAGGGAGAACAUGUGUGUAACUGCUAUUAUAAUGAGUAUGUCAAGUUCAAAAUGUAGCUAGAGUAUAGAAAGUCAAGGGAAAGCAUCUCAAGAUGGAGCUGAGGAGGUACAUAGCAUCUGAAUUGAUUCUUCAAGGCCUUAGAGUGCUUAUUGAAGAUUUUAACCUUUAUCCUAUGAUCAGCGAGAAGACAUUAGUGAGUUUUAAGAAAAGGAUUGGUAUGAUCAAAUUUAUGUUCCAGUACAACAACAAAACAAUCCUGGCUACAGUUUUGGAGGUAGGCAAAGGCAAUAGGUGCACUGUACACAGGCCAAAUUUAGCUUGAACUAGGUGGAAAGAAGUGGCAAACAAGAGGUAGAAUCAACAGGAUGUAAGUAACCUCAAGAGUAUAAUGUAAGUAACCUUACAUUAUAAGUGAAUGAAUGGAUAUGGCAGGCAUCAAAAAUAAUUCCUGAAAAAUUAACUAAAUUAUUAGAAGGAUUUCAGUUUUGUUUCAUAAUAACACUCCUUACUGUUUGUUGUUGCUUAUGUUGAAAAAUAAUUUCACUAUAGAAAACUUCAAACAUGUUCAAAAGUAAACAGAAUUAUGAACCCAUGUGUCCAUCAUUCACUGUCACAAUUAAGUAUUAAUGAUUAAAUAAUAAUGAUUUUUUCCUAUACCUCCUUUCCUUUCCCUCUUUCCUAUUUUUAUGGUGAAUUUAAAUUCUAGAUACAUUUUGAUUUCAUGUAUAUAUUUCAUAUAACAGUGUUAAACUCUAUAAGCUUAAAACAUUGCCACAAUAGCAUCUAUAUAAAACUUUAAUAAUAUUGUA